CGCCUACCACACAUCAAUCAAAGAAAUCGGUGGAAUACAGUCUUACUCACGGGAUAGUAUGAGAUAGAUAAAUAUGAAUCAUUUAGGAACUAUGUAUGCAACAAAAAGAAGGAGACGGAACAGUAAAAGUGUCCGUGUCCCUCCAAAAGAUGGCCAAACUAAAUCAAAUCCUAGUAAAAGGCAUCGAGAAAGAUUGAAUGCAGAAUUGGAUACACUCGCAAACCUUCUUCCAUUUGAGCAGAGUGUUCUUUCAAAAUUAGACAAGUUAUCUAUACUUCGUCUCAGUGUUAGUUAUCUCAGAACAAAAAGUUAUUUUCAAGUUGCACUUCGAAGGGAAAAAGACUCAACAGAUUUGAAACCCAGAGAUUUAUUAUAUUCUGAAAUGCUUAUGGAAGGUGAUCUGAUAUUGCAGGCAUUAAAUGGAUUCCUAAUGAUCCUCACCUGUGAUGGCGAAGUUUUUUACACAUCUCAUACAGUGGAGACAUAUCUGGGAUUUCAUCAGAGUGAUAUAUGUCAUCAGAGUGUUUAUGAACUUGUGCAUUCAGAAGAUAGAGAAGAACUUCAAAGACACUUAUUGUGGAAUUCUCAAUUACCUCCAGAAAGAACAGAUCUCAACUUACAACAAACACUUGAAAACUGUCAAUAUCUGGAGCGAAAUUUCACCGUUCGUUUUCGCUGUCUUUUGGACAAUACAUCCGGAUUUUUGAGAUUAGACAUUCGAGGGCGAAUCAAAAUUCUUCAUGGGCAAAAUCAGAAAGAACCACCUUUAGCAUUGUUUGCUGUCUGCACACCGUUUGGUCCUCCAUCCUUACUUGAAAUGCCUCAAAAAGAUUCCAUGUUUAAAAGCAAACAUAAGUUGGAUUUAUCUCUAGUCUCAAUGGACACAAGGGGAAAACAACUUCUAGGAUUUUCUGAUUCUGAACUUUCGAAUAAAGGUGGUUAUGAUCUUGUUCAUUACGAUGAUCUCGCUUAUGUUGCCAGUGCACAUCAGGAAUUGCUGAAAACAGGUGCCUCGGGACUUAUAGCUUAUAGACUUCUUGCAAAGGAUCUCAAAUAUCAAUGGUUACAGACUAGUGCUAGACUAGUUUACAAAAACAGCAAACCAGAUUUUAUACUUUGCACCCACAGACCUUUAAUGGAAGAAGAAGGAAGGGAUUUGCUUGGUAAGCGUACAAUGGAUUUCAAAGUAACAUAUUUAGACAGCGGUUUGGCAACAAUGAAUGAUCGCAGUGGAAUGUUAUCUGAUAGUGACUUUAUUAUGCGUUGUCAACGUAACAGACGGUAUAAAUCUCAAAUACGAGACUUGUUGUCAUGUCGUAAGAGAAAAGUACCGGAUACCUAUAUCGAAGAUACUCCUUAUAAUAAUAUGUAUACGUACUCUUCAACGGAAAAUGGACUUUCACCCUAUGCAACGGUACCUCAAAAUAUAUUCACAGCUGCAAUAGAUAAUAGUAGAUUCUUAUCUGCUGAAAAUUUUUUACAUUAUAGACAUCUGGGUGGAUAUUAUCCUGAUUACAGUCAUCAAUACACCAGUAAUGGAUUUUUAGAUAUGGCUAGGUUUUCUACCUACCCAGAUGGUUCCCAGUUUGCUAAGGAGGAAAAAUACUAUCCUUGCCAGUUAAAUGGAGAACAAAAUAAUAAACCAUCUUGUUGUGAAGAUGUACGCUUAAUGACAAGCGCUGAUUUAAACUGUUUUCCUUCGACAGAUUGUAUUAAUGUUUUAAAACCACAUCUCAGGGAUAUUUCUAAGGAUAAUAAAUCAGCAUUUACAAAUGACACUAGGCAGAGUGUACUCAUGUGGGGUAAUUCUCUGUCAACUAGUCAUUCUAUAUUCGAUUCAAAACUUUGUCCUCAUCUAGAUACAAAUGCAUGUAAAUGGAGUGCCGCUACAACGCCAAAAUCUUCUUCCCCACAGAAUAGUACAAGUCCUGCAAGUGGAAAAGUAGCUCCUUAUACGACUACUGCCUAUCAUCCAGAUCCAGAAUGGCAUGCAGGCAGCCUGGCUACAUGGAGACCUCAUGUCAGUGAGGAGCGAAGUUGGACACUCCCAGAGAGUCAUCGGUAACCCUUUACUCUCCAUAUCAGAAGUAACAAACACACUUCUUAAUCAUGACUAAGACUUUAUAACACCUUUAAGAAGCAUCUUAAAUAGAGUUGGACACUUCCAAGGAGUAACUGUUUGCUCGACACUACAUUUUCCUUAUUCAGGAGCCUUCAGUUAAUUAAACCCUCAGUAACGCUUCCUUGUCAGAAGUAACAAAUACCCAGCCAAAUUAUAACUAAGACUUAGUAAAUCCUUUCGGAAAUACCUUAAGGAAAUAGGACAUCAUACCACACGUAACAAACACCUUACUCAAUCUUAACUGAUACUAAGCAAAUUCAUUAGGAAGAACCUUAAGGGCUCUUAUAGACAGUCAGCGGUAGCCAUUUAAUCUCCCCAAAAAAAGUAACAAAUACCUCACUCAUUCCUAACUAAGGCUGAGUAUAUUCUUCAAGGAGAACCUUAAGGAUAUCGGGAUCUCAUAGACAUUCAGCUCUCCCUAUAAGAAACAAAAGACUCAAUCCUAACUUGGACUAAGCAAAUUCUUUGUACCUCGAUAUUGGUCUCCUAUAGACAAUCAUCACUUUAUCUCUCAAAUUGGAAGUAACAACCUUGACUAAGAAAAAACCUUCACCUUCAUUAGAAAAAUGAUGUCAGAACUUUUAAAUUUGAUUGCAAAGAGUUAAUCAAAAGUAAAAUUAAAACGCUGCAUUACAGUCUAAUAAUUUUGAAAUAAUAAACGUAUUUUUUAAAUUGGCUUGUGUAUAU